AUGACGGCGCGAUUGCGGGCGAAUUGGUUCGAGACGGCGGAGGACGUGCGAGGGAUGGGGCCGGAGGACGCGCGCGCGGCGGGAAUGCCGGCGAGGCUGUACGCGAGCGUGCGGGCGACGCUGGACGAGGACGAAGAAGACGACGUAGAGGCGAGAAAUGGGGAAACGAAGCGCGAGGAGAGCGAAAGUGGGUGGAUCGGGGGGGCGCUGCCGGGCGCGGGAACGCGCGCGCCGACGGUGACGCGAGAGGGAGGGACGGCGCUCGCCGACGUGCGCGUGACGCAACGGCGACGAUUGAAACCGUUUUCUCUGCGCGGCGAAGAGGUGAGCGCGGAGUUGGAGGAAGAGUUGAAUACGCUGGUGAGAGAUUUGACGUCGAGACGCGUCGGUGGUGGGCGCGCGCCCGUGCGAGAGCGCACGGCGAUGAAUCACGUCGCCGUGGCGAAGCAAUUCAUGGGAUGGUUGUGCCGAGAGUCAGAGCACGCGAGCGAGUUUGCGACUCUGAGCGUCGAUGGACGCGUGGUGUUGCGUCCGGGCGUGUCGUUGCGCGACGCGUUUCCGAAGCGCGAAUCCGUAGGCGCGAAGUACGCGAUAGAAUACGUUCAGUGGCUCAGCGACGAGCGUCGCAUCAAAUCGACGACGGAGGAUUUUCAGCUGCGAAGUCUCGUCGCCUUGGCGAAGUGGGUGCACGCGUUCGUCGAAGACGACGGUAUAGCGCCGCCGUGCGUGCAAGAGCUCGUUCGAGUGCAGCGAUCGGCGCGCGAUCGCGCGAAAAACGCCCCACACGCCGCGGACGACGACCGAAAAUGGCUCGAAUGGGAUCAGUACUUGGCGCUCGUCGAGCAUCUCAAACUCGAGUGCGCGCCGCUGGAUUGCAACGGCAAAGAGCGCUCUGAGCGCGAAAUCGCGAUGAGCGUGCAGCGCUAUUUAUUGUUCGCCAUCUUGGCGUGCAUUCCCGAUCGCCAGCGAACGUUGCGCGAGCUGCAGUUGAACAAGACGCUCUUUCGCGACGCCUCCACCGGCGCGUGGAUGGUGCGUCACGGCAGCGACGAUUACAAAACGGGCGGCGCCUACGGCGAGCGACCCGCGCUCGUGAUCGAUUCUCGCGUCUAUCCAGCGCUCGAGAGUUGGCUCUCCACCCACCGAGCCGCGUUAUCGCCGUCCCACGACUUUGUUUUCACCCGCCCCAACGGCACGCCCUGGACGGUGAGCGAAUUGUCGCGAACGUUUUCCCGCGCCGCCCUUCGCGUCACCGGCCAAAAGACCAAUCCCCACUUGAUUCGCGACAUGAUCGUCACCCACGUCCGCUCUCGCGGCAUCGCCAGCGACGCCGAGCUCGAGGCCUUGGCUCGUUUCAUGGGUCACUCCAGCGCCAUGCAAAAGUCCACCUACGACCGCCGCACGACGCAAGAAAAAGUCAACCCGGCGUUGUCGUUGAUGGCCAACGUCAACGCCGCCGCGCCGCCGUCGCGACCGGCGUCCGCGCCGUCCUAG